AUGUUUUGUGGAUGUCGUUCGGUAGAUGAGAAUGAUAUAACCCGAUGCAAAAAUCCCCAACUUCACUUUAAUAAUAAUCAACAAGACUCCGCACCGGAAUCACACGCUCUAGCACCGGUGCUAGAGCAAACCAGUGAUGUGCUCGGUGUUGGAUGGACAUUGAGCCAACUUUCCUCGAAUAGACAUUAUUAUCAAGAGGAUGGUGGGAAUGAAAAGCAAGAAGAGCCUAACAUUUCUCAGAACAAGUUCAAUGAUUUUGCCUCAACUUGUAGAGAAUUAAGGCCAAAUAAUGCUGGCGACAACAAUAAUUCCGAAGGUCAUGCCAUGACUCACGAGCACAAUUUUCAUCCUCCAGAAGUAGACUUGUCUGAUGAAACGAUUGAAACAGUCAUGUAUCAACAAUGUGUUCUUCAAUACCAUUUAAUGAUGUAUCACUUUCCUGCUCCGUUACCAGAGUUUUAUGAGAUGUAUACAAGACAUAUUGAAAGACCUUAUUCUGAGCUACAGGAAGAGUUUGAUUUGAAGCUUGAACAUUUCAUUCUUGCAAAUUAUACUUUUCCUCCAGUCGAAAAAAGGAAAGAGCCAGAAUCUCUCUUAGACCAAUGCAACAAAUUUUUAGACCAUUGCUUGCAACAUCGAUAA